CGUGUGCGUGUGUGUGUGUGUGUGUUGGAGCGCAGAGCAGCAGCAUGCAAACUCUCACUCUCCUCCGCGCCGCCAGAGAGACGCGCGUAAAAUACGCGCCGCUCGCCUUUUUACGCGCCUUACAACCUCAUCCAAAGUCAAACUAAACUCCCGCGGCCGAAGUUCCGAGUGCAAUCAAGUCUGUGACCGGCAACCUGGUGCCAUGGAUCCGAUAUUCCCCAGCACGGACGAAGGCAACUGGACCGCGGACUCCUCCUCCAACGACACCAACAACGGGACGGAGUACUGGAACCAGUUCGUGCAGCCCGCCUGGAGGAUCGCGCUGUGGGCCGCAGCUUACUGCUGCAUCGUGGCCGUGUCCGUGGUGGGCAACGUGACGGUGAUUUGGAUCAUCCUGGCGCACAAGCGCAUGAGGACCGUCACCAACUAUUUCCUGCUCAACCUGGCCUUCGCCGAAGCGUCCAUGUCGGCCUUCAACACCGUCAUCAACUUCGUGUACGCGGUGCACAACGAGUGGUACUUCGGGCUGGUCUACUGCCGCUUCCAUAACUUCUUCCCCAUCGCUGCCGUCUUCGCCAGCAUCUACUCCAUGACCGCCAUCGCCCUGGACAGGUACGUGGCCAUCAUACACCCACUGCAGCAGCGUAUGUCGUCUACGGAAACCAAGCUGGUGAUCGGAGUGAUCUGGAUCCUGGCUCUGCUCCUGGCCUUUCCUCAGUACUACUACUCCAACACGGACCAGCUCCCUGACCGUGUGGUCUGCUACAUCGACUGGCCUGAAUACACAAUGUGGGACUUCAAAAAGAUGUAUUAUGUGUGUGUGGCCAUCCUGAUCUACUUCCUUCCCCUGUGUGUGAUGGGUUGCGCUUAUUUGGUGGUGGGACUCACGCUCUGGGCCAGUGAAAUCCCAGGAGACUCCUCUGACCGCUAUAAGGAGCAGCUGACUGCCAAACGCAAGGUGGUAAAGAUGAUGAUCGUGGUGGUUUGUACCUUCGCCAUCUGCUGGCUGCCUUACCACGUCUACUUCCUGUUGCACCAGUUUUUUCCUGACAUGUUUGAGGAAAGAUUCAUCCAGCAAGUCUACUUGGCCAUCAUGUGGUUGGCUAUGAGCUCCACCAUGUACAACCCCAUCAUCUACUGCUGCCUCAACAACAAGUUCCGUGCAGGUUUCAAACAAGCUUUCCGCUGCUGUCCCUGUGUCCCCCAAGGCUCGUACGAAGGCCUCGAACUCAAGUCCACCCGCUACUUUCAAACCCAAACCAGCAUCUACAAGGCAGGCCGGAUGGAGUCCACCGUGUCCACAGUCGUGCAGGCGGGAGACGAAAUGGAGCGAUCCAAGCCCAAAGCCCGGGUCGCCCCUGGGCCUGCAGGCGCCGGUGUGUCGGCGAGACCGCAAAGCUGCUCUCUGGAUCUCACCUCCAACGGGUCGUCCUCUCGGAGCGCCUCCAAAACGGCGUCUGAGGCGUCGAGCUUCUACUCCAACAACAACCUUCCAGAGCGGGCGUCGCGCACCAGCAGCGAGAGGAUGUGAGUCCUUGGCCUGCGUCACGUCGCCACAAAAAGAUGACACGGCCGAGUGAAUUAUUGAUUUUGCAGGUGAGAAAGAGAACUCGGUCCUCACUUGUUCGACCCACUGUUACCGAUGGUAGAAGAGAGCACAUUCCACUUUGAAAAGCUGAUGCAGGAAACUUUUCUGCUCGUCACAGCAGGGAAGCUUCACACAUUCUUCAGCUCACAAGUCUAUUUUAGAGCCAACUUGACACCGGCAAGGCUGUCAAUGCAGCGACUCCUCAGUCCACAGCGGAGGGACCGAGACGGAGGAACUUCUGAGGUAUUUUCUGGGGCCCGUUGAGCCAAGUAGGACACGUCAAGAGCGGGCACCUGUUUGGCUCAAGGGAGACCAGACAGAUGCUGCCGAAAGCUUGUGAUUGUUACCUGAAGCGUGUCAUCCAGCUAAACAAUGAACAGCUGCCAGCGUCCUGUGUGUGUGUCUGUGUGUGCCACAAAAAAACGCUCCAGAGACUGAAAACUGUCUGAAGAACUGAAGAGAACAACAACUGUAACAGGAAUGUGGUGUCCCUAAAUCCCACUCUGAUAUGUGUCUUGCAUUCUGAACACCACACACACAUGUACAGCUUUGUUGAACACUUAUGUACUGACAUAUUUACCAAGUCGGUUGCAGCCUGCCGUCGGCUACAUUUUUGCACACCCUGUAGCGUAAAAAUAAGAGUUAGACCCUAAAUUAGAUCGGAACUGAUAUUAGAUCGGAAGUGAUAGGUUGCUGUGAAACUGUAAAUGGUUUGUAGAUUUUGAAAUGAAUUAUAUUGUACUGUAUUUUGUAUAUUAUAUGAUGAUAUAUAUAUUUAACACUUGGUUCCUUAUCCAUAAUCUCUACUACUACUAUAAUAUUAACAAAAUAAACAAGUACGUACUAUUAAAAAAAGAUAAAACAUGUCUGUAAACUCAAUAUCCACAAGCUGAACAAAAAUAGGUGAAUGUUAUGAUUCUGGGAGUAGUUUGCAGGAGUGCAGUGGAACACGUUUAAGUCGGUCUAAGUUCGGUUGGGUAGAGUGACCGUGCCAGCAACUUGAGGGUUCCAGGUUCAAUGCCCGCUUCCGCCACAUUCGUCGCUGCUGUUGUGUCCUCGGGCAAGACCCUUUACCCACCUGCUCUCAGUGCCAUUCACACUGGUUUAAAUGUAACUUCGAUAUUGGGUUUCUCGAUGUAAAAGUGCUUUGAGUCACUAGAGAAAAGCGCUAUAUAAAAAUAUAAUUCACUAUGUUGACUAACUCAUCCAGACCUGGUCUCUAAAACAUCUUCAAAACCCUCCUUUUUAUAUACACACUGCAAGUGUGUACAUAAUGUAGUAACAGACACCUUCAUUAAUUAGUUGCUUAUUAAAGUGAUACUGACUAAUUAAAACCAUUAAUUGUGGGUUCUUCCGAGGAUGUUGUAGUCGUAAUGAUUUGUGCAGUCCUUUGAGACAUUUGUGAUUUGGGGCUAUAUAAAUAAACAUGGAUUGAUUGAUUGAUUGAUUAAUUAGUUCCUUAUUAAAGUAACAAAGACUUAAUUUAGAGUUAUUUGGACACUAAGGAAACAUAUAAGGGUUAGGGUUACUAAUAAGCAAUAAUUCUGAGGUUAUUGAGGGAAGACUCUUAGUUAAUGGCUUACUGGUUGUAUAAUAAGGCCAUGCAGAAUAAGGCAUUAAUAAGUACUUAAUAAUAACCAAUCCAGACCCAAUAUGUUACUAAUUUGCAUUUUAAUAAGCAACUAAUUGACUCUUAGUUAAUGGCUUACUGGUUGUAUAAUAAGGUAAUGCAGUAUAAGUCAUUAAUAAGUACUUAAUUAUGACUAAUUAAGAGCCAAUGUGUUACUAAUUUGCAUUUUAAUAAGCAACUAAUUGACUCUUAGUUAAUGGCUUACUGCUCGUAUAAUAAGGCCAUGCAGAAUAAGGCAUUAAUAAGUACUUAAUAAUGACUAAUCAAGACCCAAUAUGUUACUAAUUUGCAUGUUAAUAAGCAACUAAUUGACUCUUAGUUAAUGACUUACUGGUGGUAUAAUAAGGCCAUGCAGAAUAAGGCAUUAAUAAGUACUUAAUAAUGACUAAUUAAGAGCCAUUAUAUUACUAAUUUGCAUGUUAAUAAGCAUAUAAUUGACUCUUAGUUAAUGACUUACUGGUUGUAUAAUAAGGCAUUACUAGGUACCUAAUAAUGACUAAUUAAUAGACAAUAUGUUACUAAUUUGCAUGUUAAUAAGCAACUAAUUAAUGAUGAAUAUGUUCCCCAUACUAAAGUGUUACCAAAUUAUCAUCUGAAAACAUCCAUCCAUCCAUUUUCUACCACUUAUUCCCCUUUUGGGGUCGCAUAGGGGGGCGCUGGUGCCUAUCUCAGCUACAAUCGGGCGGAAGGCGGGGUACACCCUGGACAAGUCCCCACCUCAUCGCAGGUCUUAUGAAAACAGACUCAUCUAAAUAAGAAUAUGGAAUAUGGAAAAUGAUAUCAAAAAAUUGUUGAAAAAUUAUUUGUUUUUGUUAUUGUUCUCUUUUUCCGUUACGUCAAUGACCUUUUGCGUCGAUGUCAGUCAACGAGUCGGAGGGGCGUCAACUUAAGCGCGUUCCACUGUUUACAACUGUAGUGCCUCGAACUGAAAGUUGUUAUAUACUCAUGUCGAAUUAAAUGUUGUGUACAGUAAAUAAAAUUAGGUGAUGAAUUUUGUCACCACUGAUUCCUUCUUCA